AUGUCGUCUCACGACACACCAAACAUCUACGCAGAACUCCUCACAAAUAUCCGCCAGCUCUCCGUCGCAGUGACCCUCCCCUCACCAGCAGGAGGCCAAACAAAAGCCCUCAUCGCCCCAGACGGCGCAACGCUGCACAUCCACCACGCAGGCACAGAAACCUCAUUCCCGCUGCCCGGAAGAGUCCUCGCCCAGGCAGGAGCUCCCACAGCCUUACCCACACCACCACCGUCAGCAUCAUCAGCCCCGCACACGCUAUCAUGGCGUCUCCCGCUAGCAGACUCCUCAGCGGCACUGCGCAGCAGCAGCGCAGACGACCCUGUCCCCUGGACGGCGCGGGACCUCCUCCCCGGCUCGGCCAUCGCGUGCAGACGCUGCGCCGCGGCCAUCGUGCCCGGCGGGAAAGCGGGGGAGUGGAAGGACCUGCCGAGCGAGAACUGGGCUGAGAUGAUGGACUUUUGGCACUGUCAUAAGCCUAGCACGGAUCACGAGGAUGAGCAUGAGCACGGCGUGAACGGGGAGGGCAAGGAGGACCACGAGCAUCUGACCAGGCGCGGGUACGGAGCCAACUCGUCCAUUGCUGCGCAACCUGGCGUCGGCAUGGUGGAUUUGACGUCAUUUCUGUUUUGCGAGGCCGAUUGUGUUGGUCUUAAGUUCUCUCUCCCAUCAUCAUCAUCAUCAGAUGCCGCACCCCCAGCAUCCUCCAGCUCAGAAGUCCUAGCUGGAGGAGGAGUAGGAAACUCUGACUCUGCUCCUGAUGCCACACAACCACCACCCCCGCGGAUGCUCAACAUCGCCUGCUCCGCCUGCGCCUCCCACAUAGGCUUCUUCAACGUGGCCAUCUCCUCCGUCGUCCUGCUGAAAUGGCAAGUGUCAUGCCAGACAAGCACAUCACGCCCUACGGCCGCGGCGGCAGCACUGCCCACCAGCACAGACUGCCUAGCCGCGACCCUCAUCGCGACCCUCUCCCGCUCAGGCUCCUCCAAAUCAGUCGUCGUCCCCGCCUUCCAAUCCACCCAAAACCUAGCAGCUUCUUCCUCCAGCGGUGGCAAGGUUGUACCGCCUGCCCUGCACCUCUGGAUCCUCAACAGCAACAUUACCUACGCCUCCUCUUCCUUCUCCCUCUCCUCCUCUUCUUCUUCUUCUUCUCCUCAACGCACAAAACGCGCAGCCAUAAAACUGCUCUACAAAGAAAUCCCCCAAGAUGAGGCGGAUGACAUGCUCGAAUCCAUGACGUCCGACGUGCAAGAGGUUAACCUCCCACUACCGGCAAUCGUCGCCGCGGCAGAGGGGUUGAAGCGGAGCAGUGGGCUUUUACCGCCUGGUGAGCGGGUGUUUAAAGGGUGGAAUAUCGGGUUGUUGGAUAAGUGGGAGCCAGCCAGCUAG